UCUCCACUCUGUCGCUUGUAGCGGUACACUCCGCUACUCCGCCUCACUACAGAUUCCACAAGUUCCUGAGCCGGGAAAACCUCGACAGUUCGGGUGGAGUGGUGCUGGGGGUCUCACUAAGCAGGACUGUAGACAUCAUGGUGAACAUCCCAGAAUACUAUGCAGGGAAAAAUGUGCUGAUCACUGGAGCAACUGGCUUUAUGGGCAAGGUGCUGCUGGAGAAGCUGCUGAGAUCCUGCCCAGAAGUCAAAUCUGUGUAUGUGAUGGUCAGGCCAAAAGCUGGUCAGAGCCCUCAGGCCCGCAUUACUGAAAUGAUCAACUGUAAGUUGUUUGAGAGAGUGCAAGAUGAGCAGCCAGACUUUGCAGAGAAGAUCAUAGCAGUGAACAGUGACUUGAUUCUUCUGGAGCUGGGUCUGAGUAAAGAGGAUCAGAGCAUCCUGGCUGAAAAGAUUAAUGUUGUUUUCCACUGUGCUGCCACCAUCCGCUUUAAUGAGGCGCUGAAAGAUGCAAUGCAGCUAAAUGUCCUGGCAACACAAAAGAUGCUGGCACUGGCCCACAAGAUGAAGCACCUGGAGGUGUUCAUCCAUGUCUCUACAGCCUAUGCCAACUGUGACCGAGAGCUUAUCGAGGAGAUGGUCUACCCUCCCCCAAUAGACUACCGCAAGCUCAUCGACUCUCUGGACUGGAUGGAUGAUGAAUUGGUGUCUGCUCUGACCCCAAAGCUGAUCGGGGAGCGCCCCAACACCUACACUUACACCAAAGCCUUGGCUGAGUAUAUGGUGCAGCAGGAGGCAGGAGACCUCAACGUAGCCAUUGUCAGACCUUCCAUAGUGGGAGCCAGCUGGAAGGAGCCCUUCCCAGGCUGGAUUGAUAACUUCAAUGGACCAAGUGGAAUAUUCAUUGCUGCUGGUAAGGGGAUCCUUCGAACAAUGAGGGCAUCAAAUGAUGCUGUGGCUGACCUGGUGCCAGUGGAUGUGGUCAUCAAUGCCACUCUGGCAGCAGCUUGGUAUUCUGGAUCACAGAGACACAGCAGGCCUAGAAACCUCCUGGUUUACAACUGCACAACUGGAGGGAUCAACCCAUUUCACUGGGGUGAAGUUGAGUACCAUGUAAUAUCCACAUUCAAGAGGAACCCCCUUGAGCAGGCCUUCCGUCGGCCCAAUGUAAAUCUCACAUCCAAUCACCUAAUCAAUCAGUACUGGAUCGCUGUGAGCCACAAGGCUCCAGCCUUCCUUUAUGAUCUCUACCUCAGGCUGAUUGGACGAGAGCCCAGAAGGAAUCUGAGUCAUGUCAAUCUGCCUAGGAUGAUGAAGACAAUCACCCGCCUCCACAAAGCCAUGAUGGUCUUGGAGUAUUUCACCAGUCACUCCUGGGUGUGGAACAAUGACAACAUAUCCAUGCUUAUGGCCCAGUUGAGCCCUGAGGAUAAGAAGAUUUUUAAUUUUGAUGUUCGCCAGCUGCAUUGGGCAGAGUACAUGGAAAACUACUGCAUGGGCACCAAAAAAUAUGUCCUCAAUGAAGAGCUGUCAGGCCUGCCCGCUGCACGCAAACACCUUAACAAGCUGAGGAAUAUUCGCUACACCUUCAACACCAUCCUGGUGGUGCUCAUUUGGCGUGUCUUCAUUGCCCGAUCACAGAUGGCCAGAAACAUCUGGUACUUUGUGGUGAGCCUCUGCUUCAAAUUCCUCUCCUACUUCAGAGCUUCCUCCACCAUGAGAUAAUGAGCCUGGGACUGGGGCAGAGUGAGGCACAGAAGAGGGGCAAGGAUGUCAAAAACAUGGGCUGUGAAUGACAGAUUUCUGAGUUCAAAGCCCUUACAAUUAUACCUGGCUGUUAUUUUCUGGUUCCAUGUUUGCACUGACACUUGAGGAAUAAACUGAACCUUUCAACUCAUGAAGACAGACGGAGGUAUUGGAUGAGCCUGGGGUCCACAGCAGUCUAAAUGUUGUGUAUCUCAGAUCUGUCUACUCUGUUAGAAAACAAAAAAGCAAAGGGCUUGGAUCUGUCUCACCUUGUAUAACUAUUAUAUCAACCCCAUAUGGGCAAUUUAAAGACACUGGAACAGAAGGCCUCAUUCUGUUAGUUUUCAGUCAAACCAGUCCACCUCUUGAUCCAGUUUUACUCUUGCAGUUUGUAGGCUCCAUGUCAUCUAAACCUGUCCCAUCUCAUCUGUCUUUUCCACUGACCACCUGCAAAACUAAACUAUGCAUUGGAUUGUUGCCAAAAAUAAAAAAAAAACUUUGGUUGGCUUUGAGUCAGUCGAGGUUUCACCUUUUGUAUGCUUAAUCUUUCAUCUAGCAAUAAUGACUCCAACUGCUGAAUAAGUAAUACUUUUCUGCUGUCAUCAGAAAACAUAAAGCCAGGGUUUUUUUUUGCUUUCAUUUUUUCCAUACCUUGAAGUUUAUGUGCAUUCUUGUCCAAACUAGAGAUUAUAAUAAGCAGGGCUGCCUUUGUUUUUUAUCUGACAGCAGCAUUUUUUUAGGUAGGCAUAAGCUUCUCUCAGACUGGCAUCAGAACUGGUUUUGUUCUUUUUGUUGGUGGCAUUGAAGGAUGAUCCAUUCAAGAGUUAGUUAAGGUGUGUUCAAGGACAAGCUGGCUGCAAAAUAACUGAGUCAUUUUUUAAGACCAAACCAAUUUCAGUCAAUGUUAAUGACAGUGGCACUGAUAGCAUAGUAUAAAGAGAGUGUCAUUCAGUCUAGGUAAAGAUGCUUAUCCCACAGUAUACCCCUGUAUGUCCCCAAUGAAAUGCAGUGGGUUGUUCUAUUAUUGCAACCAAGCACAAUAUUGAUUGUAAUACCAUGGCUUUAUCCAGUGCCUACAAGCUGACCAUUGUCUGCAGGUUUUGUAAGUCAAGGUUCUUUUUCAAAAGGUUUCAUAUUCAUUUUAGAUUCAGUUGUUACCGUUUUUAAGCUGUUUCUUUUUUUUUUGCCAAAACUACAUAUCAGCUAAAAAGCUCAUAGCUCAGUGAGGAUGAGACGGGCGGAGUUGAGAGGUAAAUUCUUUCAUAUUUGGCUAGAUUUCCUCUCCUUGUAAUACUGGAAGAUGUGUUAAGAAUUGAAAACACUGUGGGUGAAUACUUGUAUUGGUGUUUGUUUUCUUUCAGGUAGCUCUUGCUGAACUCACAAACUGUUGAUGUAAAAAAAAAAUAAAAAAUAUUUACAGACUUUUACAGACUGCAAAACAAAAUGCAGGUGUUGUCCUGUCCAUAUCCUGCUGUCUAACUCAUGGACCAUACUGUUGCCUUUGCGUGUUUUUCCCCAGAUAAAAUAUUCGGGGUUCAGGAGCUGAAAUGUUGUAAUGUAGAACCAUAUUUCAGUUUUGCAAUUCAUAAUUUUGAGAUAAUGAAAUAGCAGAGGGACUUCUUAUGGUUUAAAAGGAGAAACUAUUAAUAUGUCAUUAGCUACAAUUGAACAGCUACAUAAGCAAUCGACAAUUUCUUAGCGAACAACUCUGUUCAGACUGUUACAUGAUGCAGUACCAGAAACAUUUUAGCUUUCUUCUGUGAGCCAGAUGUUGAAGGAAUAGCUGUUGUGUUUAGAGUGUACACUUGUUUUAGUAGAAAUGUAGAGUUUAGCAUCAACUUUUAUUUGAAUAUUGAAAAAUUAAAUUCUACCAUUAACUUAGCUGAGGUUUUCUUGACCACGUUGUCAUAAUUGUCCUGCCUGUUACUAAUAUCUGGAGCACACUACAAUGUUUGAAAAAGCAGGGUGUUACUGUGUAUUUAGUUCUGCUUGCAUGUGACUUUUGGGAGUGUCUUGGCAACACUGAAUACAUUAUGCAUCUAUAUGCAUCCUGUGAAUAUCCUUGAUUUACUGAGGAAAGUGAUUGUGUUAUAUUUACACUCAAAGCAUGAGCCAUUCUCUGUAUGAUCAUGUGGCCUGGUGAAAAGAUGCAAAGUUUUGAAAAGAUGUGUGCAAGUGUAAAUGGUGCCUGAACUUUACAAUAUUCUAACAACAUGAAAAAGAGAAAUCAAAUCUAUGUUUUGUAGUAAUUUUCUGUACAGCUCUAUUUAGGUAGACUUCAAAAUAUAAAGAAAAAGAUGUAUUUUUAUGCUAAUGACACUGUGUUGCUAUUUUAUCUACAAGCUUACUGAACCAACUGGAGCUGGUGUAAAUAAUCCUUAAAGUAAAUAUGUGACAAGAGCAGCAUACUGAGAGAUGAAUAUAGCAGUUGCUUGUUGUUUGACUGCAAUGUAUGUAUAUACUUAUUUUGUGUGAAUGUGGAGAAAUAACACAGCCUGACCCGUUUGCAUAGCUAGAACUUUCCUCUGACCCCUAAAAGAAAUUAAAACUACUACAAUUGCCUGUAACUUAAAUUUGGUGCAGGUGUCUGUACAUUGAAGUGCUGUGCAAUAAUUUGUUGCAGUUGUAACUUGAGAAUGUGAGUAGGUCAGUUUGUGCUGGAAAAUGAAUGUUGUGCUCUUGUUGGUGUUGUUGAUGGGGGUGUGGGAGCAAUAGCUUCUCUAAUUCAUGGUUUUGUUACAGCAUUUUUUUUUCUGAUUUGAGAGGUUAAAAAUGUUUUUAUAGCUUUUGAUAUCAAAUUCUGUGCCAUGGAAUUGUUUAUAAACUGGGCAUUCUAGACAGGAGUUAAAAAAAAGCAUUAGCUCAUCUUGGAAAAAGUGUCCAUCAGUUAAAGGCCCCUGAAAAUGAGAUUUUAAAUAUAUUAAAUAGUCACAGCUAAAGGGACGUUUCUCUUUUUGGUUGUAUACUCCAGCCCCACAUUAGGGGUAAAGGAAAAAUUGGCUCAUCUAUCUUUAACAAAACAAACAUUUCAAAUAUACCAAAGAAGCUCUGCUAUUCUGCAUUAUCAGGACUAAGGGGAGCUGUUGGGGUCUAUACUGAUUGGCACUGGCCUAACCUGUGGUUAGGUUUAAAUUCAAUGUUGCUACAUCUAGAUUGCUGUAAAGCAACACCUAAAAUAACCAUAUACGUAAACAAACAUAAUUUUCUCUCAAGCUAAGCAAAAACUUUCAACCCUUUCUGUGAAAUAUUACAAUUAAAAUUGUCAUGCAGGCCCUUUUUUAGUACAAUUGCAGAUUUUGUAAAACAGAUUUGAACCAAUGUAUAUGAUUUAGAAUUUUCCUAAUGUUUGUCAUCAAGCAUCUGUUGGUCUAAAUGCUCUUAUAGCUGUUCUAGAUUCCUUUUUUUCUGUGUUUAUACUGCGUUUAUAAUUAUACUUUGUUUUCAUGUUAAAAUACAGCCAGUCUGUUCUGUUCCUUGCAUAUUUCAGAUAAAAUGGCAUGUGUAUCAAUUGCAUCAAAAUUGUAUUGGUGAUUUAAUGUUUUUUUUUUUCUCAGUGGUUUUCAUGGCUCAUCACUUUGAUCGGCCACUUCGAUGCAAAGCCAAAACAACAUAGGUUCAUAUGCUUUAAGCUGUCACAGGUUUUUCUCUCAAGGUUCUGAUUUCUUUCAGAUUAGUUCCAGUGUCAUUGUUAAUUUUUUAAUGUGCUAUACCUAUGGCUCUUGAACGCUUUUUAGGAAAGGGUUUGUUGUCACUGUUGGUCAAUUUGAAACACCAAAACUAUACUUCAAAGAGUGCCUUUAGUUUGUAAACCAAAAAGAAGGAAUAAACAGUUAAAACCUC